GCCCCGGGCUGGGGCUGGAAAGUGGCGGAUCCGGUUUGUCCAGGGCGGGUCUGCGAGAGGAGUUGGCCGGGGGAACGCCGGCGUCCGAGGGCUGCGGAGGCUGCGGCGGCUGCGGCAGCAUGGUGGGGCCGGAGAAGGAGCAGAGCUGGAUCCCCAAGAUCUUCAAGAAGAAGACCUGCACGACGUUCAUAGUUGACUCGGCAGACCCGGGAGGAUCCCUGUGCCAGUGUGGGCGCCCCCGGAGCGCCCACCCUUCUGUGGCCGUGGAAGAUGCGUUCGGGGCAGCUGUGGUGACCGUGUGGGACAGCGACGCACACACCACGGAGAAGCCCACCGAUGCCUACGGGGAACUGGACUUCCUGGGGGCCGGCCGCAAUCCCAGCAAUUUUCUCCGGCUCUCUGACCGCACGGAUCCAGCUACUGUUUACAGUCUGGUCACACGCACAUGGGGCUUCCGAGCGCCGAACCUGGUGGUGUCCGUACUGGGGGGAUCGGGGGGCCCCGUCCUCCAGACCUGGCUGCAGGACCUGCUGCGACGAGGGCUGGUGCGGGCUGCCCAGAGCACAGGAGCCUGGAUCGUUACUGGGGGGCUGCACACAGGCAUCGGCCGGCAUGUUGGCGUAGCUGUGCGGGACCACCAGACGGCCAGCACGGGGUGCACCAAGGUGGUGGCCAUGGGUGUGGCCCCCUGGGGAGUCGUCCGGAACAGAAACAGCCUCACCAACCCCAAGGUGGCGCAGCAGAAGACGGGCGUGGGAGGGACUGGAAUCGACAUCCCUGUCCUCCUCCUCCUCAUCGACGGUGAUGAGAAGAUGUUGGAGCGAAUAGAGAACGCCACCCAGGCCCAGCUCCCCUGCCUCUUGGUGGCAGGCUCUGGGGGAGCCGCAGACUGCCUGGCGGAGACACUGGAGGACACUCUGGCCCUGGGGAGUGGCGGGAUCAGACGAGGGGAAGCCCGAGAUCGGAUUAGGCGUUUCUUCCCCAAAGGAGACCCUGAGGUCCUGCAGGCCCAGGUGGAGAGGAUCAUGACCCGGAAGGAGCUGCUGACAGUCUAUUCAUCUGAGGACGGCUCUGAAGAAUUCGAGACCAUCGUUCUGAAGGCUCUUGUGAAGGCCUGUAGGAGCUCUGAGGCUUCCGCUUACCUGGACGAGCUGCGUUUGGCUGUGGCUUGGAACCGCGUGGACAUUGCCCAGAGCGAACUCUUUCGGGGGGACAUCCAAUGGCGGUCCUUCCACCUGGAGGCCUCCCUCAUGGACGCCUUGCUGAAUGACCGGCCCGAGUUCGUGCGCUUGCUUAUCUCCCACGGCCUCAGCCUGGGCCACUUCCUGACCCGGUCGCGCCUGGCCCAGCUCUACAGCGCGGCGCCCUCCAGCUCUCUCAUCCGCAGCCUUCUGGACCAGGCGUCCCACGGCUCGGGCACCAAAGCCCCAGGCCCAAAGGGGGGUGCUGUGGAGCCCCGCCCCCCUGACGUGGGGCAGGUGCUGAAGAUGCUGCUGGGGGAGAUGUGCGCGCCGAGGUACCCCUCCGGGGGCUCCUGGGACCAGGGCUACCCGGGCCAGGGCGGCGAGGAGAGCGCGGGUCUGCUCCCCGACAGGACCACCUCGGAAUUGUCCCUGGACGCUGGCCUCGGGCAGGCCCCAUGGAGUGACCUGCUCCUUUGGGCACUGCUGCUGAACAGAGCCCAGAUGGCCAUGUACUUCUGGGAGAUGGGAUCCAAUGCCGUGGCCUCAGCUCUUGGGGCCUGUUUGUUGCUGCGAGUGCUGGCGCGCCUGGAGUCCGAGGCUGAGGAGGCAGCCCGGAGGAAAGACCUGGCGGCCAAGUUUGAGGGGAUGGGUGUUGACCUCUUUGGCGAGUGUUACCGCAGCAGUGAGGCAAGGGCCGCCUGCUUACUUCUCCGUCGCUGCCCACUCUGGGGGGAUGCCACCUGCCUCCAGCUUGCCAUGCAGGCUGACGCCCGUGCCUUCUUUGCCCAGGAUGGGGUCCAGUCUCUGCUGACACAGAAGUGGUGGGGGGAGAUGGACAGCACCACGCCCAUCUGGGCCCUGGUUCUCGCCUUCUUUUGCCCCCCACUCAUCUACACCCACCUCAUCACCUUCAGGAAAUCAGAAGAGGAGACCACACAGAAGGACCCAGAGUUUGACGUGGACAGGGCUGUUAAUGGGGAAGGGCCUGUCAGGCUGACCCCGGGCUUGUAUGACCUGGGCCGCACUGUCUUCUGCCUCGACUACAUGGUUUUCACGCUGCGGCUGCUGCACAUCUUCACGGUCAACAAACAGCUGGGGCCCAAGAUCGUCAUCGUGAACAAGAUGAUGAAGGACGUGUUCUUCUUCCUCUUCUUCCUUGGCGUGUGGCUGGUUGCCUACGGGGUGGCCACGGAGGGGCUGCUCAGGCCCCAGGACGGCGACCUCUCGAGUAUCCUGCGCCGCGUCUUCUACCGGCCUUACCUGCAGAUCUUCGGGCAGAUCCCCCAGGAGGACAUGGACGUGGCCCUCAUGACGCCCAGCAACUGCUCUGCAGAGGAGGGCUUCUGGGCCAAACCCAGUGGGCCCAAGGCCGGCUCGUGCGUCUCUCAGUAUGCCAACUGGCUCGUGGUGCUGCUCCUCGUCGUCUUCCUGCUGGUGGCCAACAUCCUGCUGGUCAACUUGCUCAUUGCCAUGUUCAGCCACACGUUCGGCAAGGUCCAGGGCAACAGCGACCUCUACUGGAAGUCGCAGCGGUACAGCCUCAUCCGGGAAUUCCACUCUCGGCCAGCGCUGGCCCCGCCCCUUAUCGUUAUCUCCCACGUGCGCCUCCUCUUCCGGCGAUUGUGCCGCAGGCACCGGAUCAAUUUGCCGCUCUCCCCGGUCAAGCAUUUCCGGAUCUACCUCUCUAAGGAGGACGAGCGGACGCUGUUGACGUGGGAAUCGGUGCAAAAGGAGAACUUCCUGCUGGCGCGUGCUCGGGAAAAGCGGGACAGUGACUCCGAGCGUCUGAAGCGCAUGUCCCAGAAGCCUGGGGGAGAAGGCGGAACUGUCCAGCAUUGCGGUCGCGUUCUGACCUGGGUGGCCGAGGCCCUGAGUCGCUCUGCCUUGCUGCCCCCGGGUGGGCCGCCUCCCCCAGUCCCGCCUGAGUCAGAAGACUGAGCCCUGCUGGCGGACUUCAAGGAGUAGCCUUCACAGGGGUGUUUUGCUCCUAGAGUAAGGCCCACCUGGGCCUGGGUCUCCACACCUGGUGGCCUUGUCCUUGAGGUGGGACCCAUGCCCAAGGUCCACCACCUGGGCUGCUGCUGAGAUCACCUCAGGAAGUGUCAUACGUGUGAGCCACAGCAUGCCCGGCUCCUCCCAGAACCAGCCCCACUCUGGGAGGAUCAAGCACUGGAGCCCAGGUCGGUGCCCCUCCAAGGGCCCUGCCACAGCAGGGGGAGGCUGGAGGGUCCUCAGAGUUUAGGGACCACAGACCCCACUCACAGCUUCUCCUCACUGGGGAAAUAAAGCACUUGAGAGAAA